CCGAACAUUCAAAUUGCGUGCAGCUCUUAUCUGGACAAUCAAUGAUUUUCCUGCAUAUGCUAAUGUAUCCGGUUGGAGCACUAAGGGGCGUAUUGCAUGCCCAUCUUGUGGAGAUUCAACUCAUUCAUAUUGGUUAAAACAUGGAGGAAAAUUCUGUUAUAUGGGUCAUCGAAGAUGGUUAGAAGCAAAUCAUCCAUUUCGACAUCAGAAUAAUCAGUUUGAUGGCACCAUAGAGUUGCGAUCUGCACCUAUUCCACCAACUGGAACUGAAGUUCUUAAACAAACUCAUGGCACUAACUAUAUACCUGGUAAGGCAUUCAACAGUUCAAAGAAGCGGGGAAGGGGGGAUGUUGGCAGCUCAAUGACACAGGUUUUUGAGGACGCUGACAACUUCGAGAAUGAUGACAGCAUUUAUGGACAGGAAAAUGACGAUGGCACAAACUCGGUAUCUACACAGAAGCAGUUAUGGAAAAAAAGGAGCAUUUUUUUGAAUUACCUUAUUGGGAGUAUAAUCUUCUUCGACAUAAUCUUGAUGUCAUGCAUAUAGAAAAGAAUGUGUGUGAUAACUUGAUUGGAACAAUGUUAAAUCUUGAAGGAAAGACUAAAGACAACUUGAAAGCGCGUCUUGAUUUGAAAGACAUGGGCAUAAGACAAGAGCUUCAUCUGAAAGAACAACCCAAUGAUAAAUAUUUUAUACCUCCUGCAUGUUACACAAUGUCUACUACAGAGAAAGAUCUUUUUCUAAUGGUUUUGAAAAAGCUGAAGGUUCCAGAUGGGUAUGCAUCGAAUAUUUCAAGAUGCGUUAAUCUUAAAGAGCGAAAACUUACGAAUCUUAAAAGUCACGAUGGUCAUAUUUUGAUGCAAGAUAUCUUUCCAUUGGCUUUAAGAUCAUCAACACAUAAACAAGUUCUUGCAAUUGUGUCUCAGUUAUCAUCCUUCUUUAAGGCAUUAUGUUCCAAAGUUCUUGAUCCCAAGGAGCUUGAUCAAUUGGAGUCUAAUGUUGCACUAACACUGUGCCAUAUGGAGAAGAUCUUUCCUCCUGGUUUUUUUACUAUUAUGGUUCAUCUAGUCAUUCACUUGGUUGGGGAAGCUAAACUUGGUGGACCGGUUCACUAUCAUUGGAUGUAUCCUAUUGAGAGGUAUCUUGUGCGCUUAAAGGAAUAUGUACGCAAUCGAGCCUAUCCCGAAGGAUCGAUUGCGGAGGGAUAUAUUGCUGAUGAGUGUUUGACAUUUUGCUCGAGAUACCUUGAAGGAGUUGAAACUGCUUUUAAUCGACCACAAAGGAAUUACGAUAUUAUACAUAAUGCAGAGGAGUACAAGUUCUCAUCUGGUGGAAGAUUUGUGGGAAAAGCUGAAAGUACUGUAGUUCAUCACAAAUUAUUGGCACAGGCACAUCGUUAUAUCUUACUUCACAGUGACUUAAUAUCCGAAUAUCGCAGGUCAGUAUGGUUAUAAGAAAUCACAAUUUACUGUCAUAUCAGAUAUAAUAUUCAAAACAAAUAAAUUAUUUCUCGUGCAGAGAUUUUUUAGUGGCUCAGCGAAGCGCCAACAAUAACAUUCAUCCUACCCCAAGGAUUGAGCAAAGAUGGUUGGUUGAGUUAUUUCCUGAAUGGUUAUUAAAACAGGUUAGACGUUGAAUCCUAUUAGGUCUUUUAUUAUAUUCUACGAUCGGAACUUUGAAAAAUUAAUUAUUAUCUGACUUAAAUUUUUUUAGGUACCGACUAUGAUGGAGAGACAUUGUUCCAAUGAAUUAAUAGUCCUUGCUCGAGGUCCGAACAAUAUUGUCAACAGAUAUGAUGGGUUCAUUAUAAAUGGUUUUAAAUUUCAUACAAAAAAACGUGAAAAAUUUAGAAAAUCCCAAAAUAG